GCGUAACAAAUAAUUGAAAGAAAAAAAAAGGCAAAAAAUUCCUCAGUCGUAUACUUUCCUUCUUUUUCCCCCUUCCUUCGACACCUCUCCUACCAAACCCCAAAAUAGAUUCCCUCUCGUUUAAAGGCAAAGGAAGAAUAAUUCAUUCACCCUGCAUUAUUACACACCAUUACCGGCGAACUCGCCGGGAAAUUUUUCCUUCCGGCAAUAAAUUCACUUCUUUUUUCCCACGCAUUUCCCACAUUCUUUUUUGGGUCCCCAACAAGAUCUAGAAUUCCGUGCCUUCUCCGGCGCUUUUGACCACCGACACUUCCCCGCCGGGGCUUCAACAACCGGUUACUUUUGAAGUUUUCAGUUAUACGCUGACGUACGCCCGCCGUUACUAUUUGCGCGAAGAAACAGGGGAAAAGAUGGAAUCUUUCUAUCUCUAACGCCGUGACGUGGCCGUCGGGCUGGUGGGUUGCUCUCAAGUUCGGGCGUGAAAAAGCUUGUCGGAUUUUCGCAUUUGAUGUCUCCGUCAGCUGUGAAUUGAUCUUUCCGGCGAGAAGUCAAUGCUCUGAUCUGGGAAUUUCCAAUUUCUUCCACCGUCAAUUAGCUAAUAAGUAAAUCAAGAUGAUGAGAAGGAGGACGGGAACCGCCGUCGCGCCUCCACCGACGGCGGAGAAAGGCGUCUCCUCUAUCGGCACCGCCGGAGGCCAAGAAAAGGAGUGGGAGAUGAGGCCCUGCGGAAUGCUGGUCCAGAAACGGAGCCCAGAUUCUGAUAUCCACCCGGUUCCGCCCACUAUCCGGGUCCGGGUCAAAUAUGGGUCGGUCUAUCACGAAAUCAAUAUCAGCUCCCAAGCCACUUUCGGGGAGUUGAAAAAGAUGUUGACGGGGGCGACAGGGAUGCACAGCGAAGACCAAAAGUUGUUGUUCAAGGGCAAGGAGAGGAAGUCGAAGGACUUUCUUGACGUCUCCGGGGUGAAGGACAAGUCUAAGAUUGUUUUGGUUGAGGACCCAAUCAGUAAGGAGAAGAGAAUUGUUGAGACAAGAAAGAAUGCUAAGAUGGAAAUGGCUUCUAAGGCUGUCACUGAAAUCAGCUUAGAAGUUGAUAGGUUGGCUGGCCAGGUAUCUGCACUGGAAUCUGUGAUAACAAAAGGUGGAAAAGUUGCAGAGAAAACCAUUGUAAACUUGAUUGAGUUGUUGAUGAACCAGCUGCUUAAAUUGGAUGGCAUUAUUACCAGUGAAAGCCAUGUUAAAUCCCAGAGAAAAUUCCAGGUAGAAAGAGUGCAAAAGUGUGUUGAGACUCUGGACGUGUUGAAGAUGAAGAACACAAUGCUGAAUCAGAGCAGCGAAGAACCGGCUCAGAAAACCGCAACCGGACCGGCCGUGGUGAUCACUACACAAUGGGAGACAUUUGAUUCUGCUGCCGAUCCCGGUUCAGCACCCGGUUCGACCAACCCUAUGGUCACUUGGGAUUUGCUUUGACAAAUAUUUAAGCAGAUGUGCUAAAGAUAAGUGUGUGCUUUUUUUCAUUUUUCCUCCUGUUUUGAAGACCAAUAUUUUUUUUUUAUAAAAAGAAAAUUGUGUUGAAUGAUAUAUGUCACAAAAAACUCCAUUUUCUGCUUGUAAUGUUAUUUAUUAUGGUCAAGAAGUGAAAGGUUUGUACACAAAUAACACAAUGAUACGUUUGAUUUUUUCAAGAAAAAUGUAAAGGACAAGUAAACUAGUGCAAAGAAU